AUGAGGGUGGAGAGAGUUCCAGAUAUGAGGGGAGAGAGAGUUCCAGAGAUGAGGGAGGAGAGAGUUCCAGAAGUGAGGGGGGAGAGAGUUCCAGAAAUGAGGGUGGAGAGAGUUCCAGAGGUGAGGGGAGAGAGAGUUCCAGAAGUGAGGGGGGAGAGAGUUCCAGAGGUGAGGGAGGAGAGAGUUCCAGAGAUGAGGGGAGAGAGAGUUCCAGAGAUGAGGGAGGAGAGAGUUCCAGAAGUGAGGGGGGAGAGAGUUCCAGAAGUGAGGGAGGAGAGAGUUCCAGAAGUGAGGGGGGAGAGAGUUCCAGAGGUGAGGGGGGAGAGAGUUCCAGAGAUGAGGGUGGAGAGAGUUCCAGAUAUGAGGGGAGAGAGAGUUCCAGAGAUGAGGGAGGAGAGAGUUCCAGAGAUGAGGGAGGAGAGAGUUCCAGAGAUGAGGGAGGAGAGAGUUCCAGAAGUGAGGGGGGAGAGAGUUCCAGAAGUGAGGGAGGAGAGAGUUCCAGAAGUGAGGGGGGAGAGAGUUCCAGAGGUGAGGGGAGAGAGAGUUCCAGAGAUGAGGGAGGAGAGAGUUCCAGAAGUGAGGGGGGAGAGAGUUCCAGAAGUGAGGGAGGAGAGAGUUCCAGAAGUGAGGGAGGAGAGAGUUCCAGAGAUGAGGGGAGAGAGAGUUCCAGAGAUGAGGGAGGAGAGAGUUCCAGAGAUGAGGGGAGAGAGAGUUCCAGAGAUGAGGGAGGAGAGAGUUCCAGAAGUGAGGGGGGAGAGAGUUCCAGAAGUGAGGGAGGAGAGAGUUCCAGAAGUGAGGGAGGAGAGAGUUCCAGAAGUGAGGGGGGAGAGAGUUCCAGAGGUGAGGGUGGAGAGAGUUCCAGAGGUGAGGGUGGAGAGAGUUCCAGAGGUGAGGGGAGAGAGAGUUCCAGAAGUGAGGGGGGAGAGAGUUCCAGAGGUGAGGGGGGAGAGAGUUCCAGAAGUGAGGGGGGAAGAGUUCCAGAGGUGA